GUUGGGCGGCCGCUAACGGGACCCACUGCUUGCGCGCGGGCUUUUGGCGGGCACCACUCAGAAGGAGGAGGGGGCGCCUGUGGCGGGGCAACAUGCCGGGCAGCGACACGGCGCUGGCCGUGGAUAGGACGUACUCGGACCCGGAGCGGCACCGGCGCCGCAAAACGCGGGUCGAAAGACAUGACAUGAAUACCCUGAGUUUGCCGCUUAACAUUCGCCGUGGAGGCUCUGACACCAACCUGAACUUUGAUGUACCAGAUGGGGUCCUAGAGUUUCACAAAGUCAAACUCAGUGCAGAUUGCUUGAAACAGAAAAUCCUCAAGGUUACAGAACAAAUCAAAGUUGAACAAACGGCUCGAGAUGGAAAUGUGGCUGAGUACUUGAAACUGGUGAACAGUGCAGACAAGCAACAGGCUGGGCGCAUCAAACAAGUCUUUGAGAAAAAGAACCAGAAAUCUGCCCACUCCAUUGCCCAGCUGCAGAAGAAAUUGGAACAGUAUCACAAAAAGCUCAAGGAUAUUGAACAAAAUGGAUCUUCCAAAAAUGCUAAGGAUACUUCCAAAGAUAACUUGAAAGAUAUUCAGCAUGGAAAGUCUCGUACCUCUGGGCAUGGAACAGAGAGCAGCAAGUCGGGUGUGCCAGGUGUAUCCUUGACACCACCUGUCUUUGUUUUCAGCAAGUCUAGAGAGUUUGCAAACCUGAUCCGAAAUAAAUUUGGUAGUGCAGACAACAUCGCUCAUCUCAAAAGUACCUUGGAUGAAUUUCGGCCAGAAACGAGUUCUAGACCAUAUGGGGGCAGUGCCACCAUUGUUGCCAAACCAAAGUAUGUUAGUGAUGAUGAAUGCUCAAGCGGUACCUCUGGUUCAGGAGAUAGUAAUGGGAAUACUUCCUUUGGUCCUGCUGUGGCAAGUACCCUGGACAGACAAGGAAAGCUUUCCGUGAUUUUGGAGGAACUAAGGGAAAUCAAGGAGACACAGUCCCAAUUAGCUGAUGAUAUUGAGAAUUUAAAAGCACAGUUUAAAAGAGACUAUGGCUUUAUUUCUCAGAUGUUACAAGAGGAAAGAUAUAGAUACGAAAGAUUGGAAGACCAGUUAAAUGACCUCACCGAUCUUCAUCAACAUGAGACAGCAAACUUGAAACAAGAGCUAGCCAGCAUAGAGGAGAAAGUGGCCUAUCAGGCAUAUGAGCGAUCACGAGAUGUUCAGGAAGCCUUGGAAUCAUGCCAGACCCGGGUUUCAAAGCUGGAGCUCCAUCAGCAAGAACAGCAAGCACAGCAGUCCGAAACGGUUAAUGCCAAAGUGCUCCUGGGGAAAUGUAUAAAUGUUAUCCUGGCCUUCAUGACUGUCAUCUUAGUGUGCGUUUCUACUAUUGCAAAGUUCAUUGCUCCUAUGAUGAAGAGCCGUUUUCAUAUCAUUUGCACUUUUUUCGCAGUGACACUGCUGGCAAUAUUUUGUAAAAACUGGGAUCAUAUUAUUUGUGCCAUAGAAAGGAUGAUUAUACCGAGAUGAAGCUGCUGGUCUGGCUGCUUUCUUAUUUUUUUUUCCCUUCCCCUCCCUGUUUUUUAAGUGCUGUAUGUAUACAAAUUAUUUUUUGUUGGUUUAAACGUGCAGACUGGAUGGAGAAGGAAACAAAGACUCCUGGACUUUACAGUGUAAAUACACAAAUGCACACUUGUUGGCAGUCACUUGCCUUUCAAUCAGACCAUGUCUAAUUGGCUAUCUCUGUGGUGAACUGCUCGCUUAUGUCAGUCUCCUGCCUUAAUCCAACGGGUUUUCCACUUUACAAACCCACACCCACAGAAGACGGUAUGAUGCUCUGGGAGGGAUCCAAGCAACUGCAAGUGUCAGGUGUGCUUUUUACUAGACUGGAGUGCAAAGAGUGUGAUCAGGAGGGAGUGCACUGUAAUGUGUAUCAGCCCCAUUAGACUAGUAAGUUGACUUCCCUCUCUGAAUCCAAUUAGAAUGUUAAGCCAAAUUAUACAGUCAUAUGUGUUAAUAGUUCUUGUUUCUAAAUCAAUGGGUAUUUGCAUAUGGGUUUUCUAGUUUUCAGGACCAGCAAAAUUUGAUGUUUCUGCUAGUAAUCCUUUGCAGAGAGAGUUUAUUUGUAAAUUAGACCAGUGAUGACUAUUGAACACAGUUAGCAGUGGUUCUAUGCUGGCACUGUUCCUUAUCACACUCGGGAAACACAUAAAUGUGGCAUAAGGCUUCCAAAGAUGAACUGAAUUGAAUGGCAAGAUCUCCAGGCUGCUUUGCAAAGGAGUGGUGGGUAUGUUGUCAUGCAGACCAAAGCACUCACUUGCUUCGAGCCCUGCAACCUGCAAGGAGAGAGGAGCACGCAGAGGGGCACAUUUAGGUUAGCCUUUGUGAGCACUGGGUUGUCGGGGUGCUCUAACUGAAUCAGUGGUGGGACUCUGGGUGCAGUGGAUUUCUCUUUCUUGUGUAGAUUAAGGAAUGUGGAAGAAGCCUGAGGGAACAGGUCCUUAGGAGAGCAGGGAGUUAAACUUCUGUAAAUAUACAAACACUGUGCAGACUUUCUUGACAAACAUUCCUGAAAAUAAUAGCAUACCGUACCACUACUAGGAGACAGGAUUGGUUUUGUUUUCUAACUGGAAUUUAUUUUCCUUGAUUAAAGAACUGGGGUGAAAAAAAAAUUUCCCUGAAAUCUGCUUGGCUUUCAGCCAUGAUAUAGAACAAGAUCUUUAAUAGAAGGGGGAAAAAAAGAAAACAAAACUAAACAAGAAAACAAAACCAAAACCGCAAACCACCACAACCAGAAUUCUUCUCCACUGUCUAUUAGAUGAAAAAAAAGACAGUGUCUCCAGUUAUUUGAUGUUCAGUGUUGCUUACUUUGAAAAUAAUUGUCACAACAGAUUUUUCUUUUCAGUCGCAGUAUUUGUUAUGCUGGUUUUAUGGGGUGGGGAGGUGGGAUUAUUCUGUGUGUAUUUGGUUUCAAUUAAGUGCAAUAGUUGGUGUAGAAAUUAAGAAAACCUUAUUCUGAGGAAAGGGAGUGGGGGAGGGGAGGCAGGGGAAGAACUUUGACAUUUUACCACGAUUGGAUUAACAGUGAAUAUUGUUACUUUUUGUGGCUUCAGGGACCAAAGGAAUGACAGAAUUAACUGCAUAGAUAAUGAUAUGACUCAACGUUUAGAAAAUUCAAUUAAAACACUUUUAAAAUCAUUAAGGAAUUCUUUAUAUAUGGUACAUCUUUGAACAGAGAGAUCAAAAAGGAUUGUGCUGGCUUGCAGGCGCGGAAAUGGAUCAGAUCAGGCACACCCAUGUUGUUAUAACCCAGCCCUGCCUCUUCAUCAGAGGAAGGUGAAGUGGGAAGCAAAAGUCCUGCUGAGAGGGAUAUGCCUUUAUAAAGCCCAUACUUAGCAAUUGGUUUAUCCCUGGCUGUGUCAGGAAGAAUUAUUACAUAGAUAUAUUCUUCUUUUCCUUAAUGGUUUGUUGGGUUUUUUUUUUCCCCCUUUGCCUUUACCCCUGUAUUCCUGGUAUCCCCUGAAGAAGGAAAGAGGUACUGUGUUAUGUAUAAAACUUCCCUGUCUUAACUGUUGCAUGUGCUCCUGCUGCUGCUCACUUCAGGGAGGCCUUUUUUCUCAUAUCCCUUACCCAUUUUGACAGCCUACACAUGCCUGCAACAGGCCUUCACCCCCACUUUCCAUGUACCUGUGCUCAGCCUCCUUUUACAGCCAGCUCAUAAACCGAGGAGGCUGCUUCCACCAAUGCAGCUCAUCAAUUUAUCUUCACAGGAGAGUCCCUUCCACAAUGUUAAAGAGAUUAAAAGGAAAAAAGUAGCUCUUUCCUGGCCUUUACACACAAGACAGGGUUCCCCGUGGUUUAUUUUUAUGCCCUUUUGAUGUGUCCUGAGAUCCUCUUGGUCUUUUCCACUGUUUUCAUAUAAUUUGUUCCUAUCUUCGUUUUUGCAAAGGUGUAUAAUGUCUUUUAUAGCCUGUACUUUCCAUUUCUUUAGCUUCUGUUCAGAAGCUUCUGUUCUAGCUUGUAGAAGAGUCUGCUUCUAUUCAGAGUCUUUUCCUAAAUUCCUUCACCCAUUUUACUAAUCAGCCGUAUGACUUUUUAUUCCCCUCAUUUCCGUAGGGCACAAGAUUAAACAUCCAUUAGAAAAAAACAAGAAUCUUGGUACUGAUCCUCAGAAAGCUCUGCCUCUUCGUGGUGUUUUCUUGCCAUCUUUAUUAUAAUCUCCAUUCCUCUCUUCAGUUUGCACAGCCACCUCCUGGUUUGGCCACUCUAGAAACCACCGUGUCUAGCAUUUUGUUAAAUGGGUUCAGGAGGAUACAUGUGCAAGAAAGAAAUACCAUGUGUUAAUUUUUAUGUAAGAAAAACUCCUUUGCCUGAUGCAUGGUUAUAUGUUUAAAAAGAUAAUCCUCCCAGUUCUAGUGCAGGCAGUUAAAAAUGUAACGUCAGAUAGUCUCAAGCUCAGGCAGGAAAAAGGUUAGUCAUUUUUCUUAUAAGGAAAGAAAGUUGGUAUGGGAUGGGACCUAGGGGUGUGAAGGCUUCUGCUCGAAGGGCAUCCUCUUACAAUCCUGGAAGAUGACCUCCGUGCAGAAUGAGUGUAGAACACAAAAUCAAUGGGUCUACAAAAGAUUGCUCACUGUCUUGAUAAAAUUUGACUGGGUCCAAACUGGAAACAGAAGGGCCCUGCGUUUCCAUAUGGGCUUCGUAUCUGGCAGAGGACACAGAGAAAGCUGCAAAGGCUGCAUAAUGUUACUCCUGCAAAUUAAAACAACUCUAAUGGGUAAAUGGGCACAGCAAUUCUCUAUUUUCCCUGCUGGGUUUUAAUCACUGGAUGAUGUGACAUGCACGAGGAAAUUAAAAUGCAAUGUGCAGGGCAAAAGCCUACUUUUGGGUGGAACUGCACUAGUGUUACAAAGUAAGGCUGCAGUGCCUGGAGCUCUGCCUAGUGGAGGGCCAUCCCAAGGGAAGGGAGGUCUCCCCUCUCCCCUCUUGCCUUCCCCCUGGCAUGUGGCGCAGCCUUCCAUGUGCCAUGUUAGCUCCCCAGGCUGGAGGAAACACCUAGUGAAAGGGGCAGAGAGUUUCUCACACUAAUCAACUUAAAGGGCUGAUGGAAAGGUCUCACGAGUGCAUAGCAGGGACAGAAAGGGAGAUGAGCUUUUCUUUCUCACUGCAGUGAAUCAUUAGCUGCCCCUAAAGCUGCACUCUAGGCAGAAUGAUGGGGCAGCUUCAGUGUAGAAAGGUUCUUCCUAGCUUUUGCCUAUGGGGUACAGACACACAGCGCCAGGAUGCGGCAGGACAGGCUAGCCAGCUCUGUACGCAGGGUGAAGAGCCGGUGGUUGCUGGGCUAGCUGGGGCCCAUGCCUCUGCCACUAACUUCGGUGUCAUCGUCGCUUCCACUGCUUAGGCUGGGAUUAUACGAGCGUACGUAUCUAGCCUGCAGUCAGAGCUCCACUUGCUGUGCGGGUGUGCCUAGGCCAUCCCGAAUGGUUGCAAGACCUCUUUUAAUGAGAACUUUGUUCAGCUUCUCAGUCAAUUAAUCGUGUUCUGUCAGGAUACCGCUUGCUUUUAUGUUCUCAUACACCACGUUAGACAUUCUUAGUAUAUUCCUUACACUUACUCAUCAUGAGCCUCCAAAACACUCCCACUCAACAAGAAGUUGCCAGACAGUGUCUUUUCUGCUUGGCGCUGCCUGGCAGUCAAUUAUUUCACUUCACUUUGACAGUACUUCUCCAACAGAAAAGCCCUUCAGUUAGUUGUUAAUACCUGUUCUAUUGGCUUUUGGCAGCUUUUUUGCUCGGAGGUUUCUGGAGAUUAUUUUCUCAUGAAGGUUAGCACAAUUUUCCUGAUCUCUGCCAUUUCAGCAUUCAGGUCUAAAUUAGGUUUCCUCUAAAACUUGUAUAAUGUAUCCCUCCCCUGGCUUCAACUCUAACCCCGUCAUUGUUGAACAUCCAGUUAGUCACUGACAGUGCUGAACGAGACCCAGUUUAAAUUCCUUCUCCUUUCUGCUUUACGUUCUCUGCGUUUGUGCAACUUCUCGUUUUGCUGUGCUCCUGUGAUGUCUACUUGUUCUGAAUUCUUAGAGAAGCGCUAUCAGAUAUGACUGCUUUCUAGUUUAAUAUCAAAACACUUGUGUUGUGCAGUGCCUCUGCUGCAAAACCAUCACAUGCAGAUCUGAUAGCUGCACUACGUGAAGGAUAUUUAAUAGCCAGUGGUUUUCUUUGAAUGAAUUGCGACUCUUAUCUGGGGAAUAGAAAUUCAGUCAGCGAGGCAGUUUGCUGUAGGAAAGAUACAUAAUCAGCUGACUAGGAGCUGGACAAAUCCAGUGUAAGCCUAAGCUUCAGUUUUGUAAUUGUAAGGGUUACAAGCUAUUUAUUAGGUCCUGAGUAACCUAACCAAGGACUCCCACAUUUGAGGCUAAAGUUGAAUGCUGCUGUUCCAUGAGGAACCAGUUGAGGCUUGUGUUUGAUAGAAACUCAACUGCAUAAUCACAGGUAGUGUCUUCUGGAGUUAAAAUCAAUGGACAAGAAAUUAGUUGGAGGAAAAAAAACACCCAACCCACAGAAGCUUGUGGUUCAUUUAAGUGGUAUGGAAACCAAUUUCAGAAACAAAGCCCCUUCCCACCGUGGUGUAUCGACGUUUUACUUCUGGACUGAUGGUACAACAGAAGGUAAACACAGGUUAAUGUAAUUAAACACUUCAAUUUGGAUAACAGAAUGUAAUCACUUCUGAAAGUCCAUCUAGGAAUAGUAAUCAGGCAAGUUUAUUCUCCUCUUUCUUAAUCAAGCAAAUAUUUAUCUGCUUGUUCCAUUUACCAUCACGCCAGAACGUGGCCUUUAAUUAAUUACAUUGCUCCCCUUUAAAAUGCAAGAGAUUUUAAAAGGCUUGUUUUCAGAUGAAGUUUGAAUGGUCUCUCCGAUGCUGAGCAGAAUCCAGCAGAAAAAAUCAGGCAAUUUUACAUUGCAGCAGUGAAAGACUAAGAAAAGUUUAAUUUUGGUUAAUGGAAUUGCUUAUUUUCCCUGAAAAAGCAAUCUGAGCUGAUGCUGUAUAUAAAGACUGCAUGAGGACUAGUCAAACUGUCUUGUACGGGUGAUUUGCUGUAUGUUUAGCGCAUAAAGCUGUACUGUUGUUGGAAAGUUUUUUGCACAAAGCCACCUUUCCUUUUUACCCAGGUAGCCUGGGUCUGGUAGUAUCGAGGUGUACCAAAAAUUGUCUGGUUUUAUGGACUACAGUAAUUGUCUCAAUGUGUGAUCUACAAUGUUCCUCAUACCAUGCUCAUUUUGUGCGGCACUGUGGAAAGAUGCAACUAUGAAAAUGUAAUUUUUGUAUAUUUUGUUGUGUAGUCAUGACUGCCUCUAAGGUGCCAUUAACAUUUUUUAAAAAAUAAAAAUAUUUACAU